AUCAGCAGUACUCUGGUUGGACAGGGGAAGAUGAUGAUGGCCUUAUCCAUUGCUGCUGCUGUUGCCUCCCCAGCUCAUCAUCCAAAGCAAACUCUAAAACCCCUUAAACCCCUUAAGCCCAUACUUGGUCUUCCACUUCGCAUAAGUAGCCGGCUCUCAGUUCCCAAGCUUCAUCUUUCCGACCACCCCUUUGUCCCUGAGGUUGAAAGAGCAGUGGAUUCGUUGCACUCGGAGUUCAGAGCUGUGGAUAAUCUGGUGGCCCGCAAUACUGCUCGUGUUCUCAAGGCUUUUCAAAAUGUCCGGGUCGGAUCUCAUCACUUUAGUAGUAGCACUGGCUAUGGACAUGAAGAAGCUGGAGGACGUGAAGCCCUUGACCAAGUUUUUGCAGAAAUUUUUGGUGCUGAAUCUGCCAUUGUUCGAGCACAGUUUUUCUCAGGUACCCAUGCCAUUACUUGUGCUUUGUUUGCCUUCCUGAGGCCUGGGGAUGAGCUUCUAGCAGUUGCCGGUGCUCCUUAUGAUACAUUAGAAGAAGUUAUUGGAAUCAGGGACUCUCAUGGAGUGGGCUCUUUGAAAGAUUUUGGAAUAGAGUAUAGAGAAGUCCCACUUAAGGAGGAUGGCAGCCUUGAUUGGGAUGCACUUAAGCUUGCUGUAAAAUCGAAGACUAAAUGUGCACUCAUUCAGAGGUCGUGUGGUUACUCAUGGCGUCACAGUUUGAGUGUUACUGAGAUAGGAAGGGCCAUAGACAUUAUCAAGGUGCAGAACCCUAACUGUUUGGUCAUGGUUGAUAAUUGCUAUGGUGAAUUUGUGGAGAAUAUUGAACCUCCUAUGGUUGGUGCAGAUCUAAUUGCUGGGAGUUUGAUAAAAAAUCCUGGUGGAACAAUCGCUCCUUGUGGUGGGUAUGUUGCUGGUAAGAAGAAAUGGGUGGAAGCAGCAGCAGCUCGUCUCUCAGCUCCAGGACUUGGUGUUGAUUGUGGUUCAACACCUGGUGAUAUAAUGCGAACUUUUUUUCAGGGUUUAUAUCUUUCACCUCAAAUGGUUGGGGAAGCAGUUAAGGGAAGCUUUUUGAUUGCUGAAGUCAUGACAGAUAAAGGAUACAGGGUGCAGCCUCUUUCUCGGAUUCCACGUCAUGAUACUGUGCAGGCUGUGCAACUUGGAAGCCGUGAACUUCUGCUUGCUUUCUGUGAAGCUGUGCAAAGAAGCUCUCCAGUAGGUUCCUUCACUCGGCCAGUUGCAGGAGCAACUCCCGGCUAUGCGUCGGAGGUGAUUUUUGCUGAUGGGACGUUCGUUGAUGGGAGCACAAGUGAACUCUCAUGCGAUGGGCCAUUACGGGAGCCCUUCUGUGUUUUUUGUCAGGGUGGCACUCAUUGGACACAAUGGGGACUAGUUUUAGGGGAAGUUUUAAAACUUUUGUGAUAGAGAGUUGGAAUAAUUAAGAAGGGUGCUUUGAAGCAUGAUCACGACAAAUUGGUAUACCACAUGAGGUUAUAAGUGGCCAUGAAAUGUCAGCCAGCCUAAAAAGGACUGUUCAUUUGCUGUUAUGACGUGAUCUUACAAUCAGCUGGAAUAAGGGUUGUGGCUGCUUCAUGAAGCAACAAAAUGUUCAAGAGAUAUUCAUAACUCAGGUGGUGGAUAAUUACAAUCUGGCAGUCUCUCUAUUUUCUUCUCCACCUCCCCAAAACCCCCUCCUUUCUUGAUAUUUUCCUGCAGCAUAUGUUCAAUUUUGUCUCCAUACAUUCUUCUAGAAACUUGUCCUUUUUUUUUUUUUUAAGAUAUAUAUUCUCCUAGAAAUGUUAAUGUGCCGGCAGCAAAAUUUUUUAGCAAAUUAUAAUGCAGGAGAUUCGGGGUAUCCCAAUUUUGUUUCAACAUGAAAAAAUCUCCCUUCUGGUUUCAA